CUGAGCGACAGCAGAGCUGCAGUCCAGACAAGUCUCUCCGUUUCUCUCUAAAGAAACAUUCAACUGAAUCCAGCAGCUUCUUCUCAACAACAGAGUCUCCGACACACUCUGGUGAGUUCACUGUUCUACAGAGAAACUCAACAUUUGGUCAAAAAGUGUAGAUAUGUCUGCUGCCAGCUAUCUGCUGACUGAAGAUCAGUUUCUGUGCUCCAUCUGUCUGGAUGUGUUCACUGAUCCAGUCACCAUACCAUGUGGACACAACUUCUGUAAAGCCUGCAUCACUCAACACUGGAACGUUAAUGUCCCGUUUCAGUGUCCAAACUGUAAAAAGCUUUUCUACACCAGAGCUGAGCUGCAGGUCAACACUUUCAUCUCUGAGAUGGCUGCUCAGUUCAGACAGUCAGCUCAACAGAAAGCCAGCAGCUCAGAGCAACAAGAGUCCAAACCAGGAGAAGUUCCCUGUGACGUCUGCACUGGAACCAAACUGAAGGCCCUGAAGUCCUGCCUGGUGUGUCUGGCCUCCUACUGUGAGACUCACCUGGAGCCUCAUCUGACAGCUUCACGUCUGAAAAGACAUCAGCUGAUCGACCCUGUGGAGAACCUGGAAGACAGGAUGUGUACGAAGCACGAUAAACCUCUGGAGCUGUUCUGUAAGACCGACCAGAUGUGUGUCUGCAUGCUCUGCACUGUUUUAGACCACAAGAUGCAUGAGUUUGUUCCUCUGGAAGAAGAAUAUGAAGGAAAGAAGGCCGAGCUGGGGAAGACUGAGGCUGAAAUCCAGCAGAUGAUCCAGAAGAGACGAGUGAAGAUUCAGGAGAUCAAACACUCGGUGGAGCUCAGUGAGGAAGAUGCAGACAGAGAGAUAGCAGAUGGUGUUCAGGUCUUCACCGCUCUGAAGGAGUCUGUUGAGAGAAGCCAGGCCGAGCUCAUCGACACGAUCAAAGAGAAGCAGAGAAAGACAGAGAAACAGGCUGAAGGCUUCAUCAAAGAGCUGGAACAGGAAAUCAAAGAGCUGAAGAGGAGAAGCACUGAGGUGGAGCAGCUCUCACACACUGAAGACCACCACCACCUGCUCCAGAGCUUCACGACCCUGAACACUGCUCCAGCCACCAAGGACUGGACAGGAGUCAGAGUCAGUCCACCUUCACAUGAGGGGACUGUGAGGAGAGCUGUGAACCAGCUGGAGGAGAUGCUCAGUAAACAGAUGAAGAAGCUGUUUGAGGUCAAGCUGAAGAGGGUCCAGCAGUCUGCAGUGGAUGUGACACUUGAUCCUGAUACAGCACAUCCUACUCUCAUCCUGUCUGAUGAUGGAAAACAAGUUAAACUUGGUGACAUAAAGAAGAAUCUCCCAAACAAUCCAGAGAGAUUUGAUUAUUGUGCUAUUGUCUUAGCAAAGCAGAGUUUCUCUUCAGGAAGAUUUUACUUUGAGGUUCAGGUUAAAGGGAAGACGUGGUGGUCUUUAGGAGUGGCCAGAGAGUCCAUCAACAGGAAGGGAAUCAUCACACUGACUCCUCAGAAAGAUUGCUGUACGAUAAGGUUGAUUAAUGAGAAUCAGUACGUUGCUCUUACUGACCCUCCAGUCUGUCUCUCUCUGAAGUCUCAGCCUCAGAAGGUGGGGGUGUUUGUGGAUCAUGAGGAGGGUCUGGUCUCCUUCUAUGACGUUGAUGCUGCAGCUCUUAUCUACUCCUUUACUGGCUGCUGCUUCACUGAGAAACUCUACCCAUACUUUGAUCCUGGUUUUAAUGAUGGUGGUAAAAACUCUGCUCCUCUGAUCAUCUCUCCUGUCAAUCACACUGAGUAGAACAAACACUUGAUCUUCUACAGAGAGACUCUUUCAUUUAAUGUAACAAAUCUAUAUUAUUGGUGAUUUACGGUGUAAACUUUUUUGAUUUUGAUGUUUUUUUCUAUUUGUCUGUAAAUGUGUUUCUACUCCAACACACAGACAUUAAGCCACUGAUUGAUAUUAUAUAAUGUCGUCUAAUUCAUUCUAAUAACUGCAUAACCUGCCUUCAAGACUGUUGAAUCAUCAAAAACAAUGUACUCAGGAAUAAGAAGCAUUUAUAUAUAUAUACACAUUAUGAAUACUGACACACAUUAUUGGAUAAAGUCAUGUACCACUUAUUAUUUAGUUUAAUAAAAGGUGUAUAAAUCCUCUUGCCACUCUGACGGCCAGCGGGCGGGCCGUCAGAGUGAUAACGGCAUAUUUUUGUUAUGCAUACAACUGCCCUAUAACGAUGAGUAUUAAUGUGAUAUCUCAUUAGAAAGCUACGGUUCUUGUAAUUCGAUUUAUGCAAACCA